AUGCGUGUAACCUCUCUUGUGCGCGGCGGCCGCCAUUUUGGCAACUUGGGAAAGAUGUAUGGAGAGUAUCGGAUGUCGCUCUCCCCAAACAAUCAAUCAGUUACUCAUGGAUUUGCAAAACAGGCCUUCAUUAAUGUUUUCAAAAACUACAUUGUUCGAAAUGGACCUUACUACCUUCCGCAGGUGUUUAUCGGAUAUUACAUCUACGAUUGGGCUAACAAGUCGAACUGGGAUGCCAACAGAAAGAUCCCAGCCGACUACGCCAACGACAGC